AUGUCGAACUCCAAGCUGUCUAAGUGCAGCCUAAGCGAUUUUCCCGAAGAACUCCUUUGCGGAAUCCUAGACGAAGUCGGCUCCGGCAUCGAUGAAGAAUACGUCCCCGGCACCAUACAGACUCUCCUCUCUCUAUCCGCUACCAGCCGCCAGUUCAAUCGACUCACAGAGUCUUACCUCUACAAAACCAUCAAGACCGAUCACUUUCGUUGCAGAAAGCUCGUUCAGCGUCUAGAGGACGAUCCCACUCUAGUCUCGCAUAUAAAGCGACUCGUUUGGGACAAAAAGCCAAGCGAAACUCCAGGAUGGUACAGAACACUGCCACAAACUUUCAGUGCACCAAAUCUCGUACGGGAAUUCAACAUUUCCAACAUUGGGGCGUACUGGGAUUCUGGCGGCUGGAUGGAUAAAUGUGCUGCACUGACUCUGGUCUUGCUGCUCACUCCACGGCUAGAAGCCUUGGAGAUCAUGGACACGGGCCUCCGAUUUCGCAUGAGCAACGGCGAAUAUGGGCCAUCUUUCUGGUUCAAGCUGAGACGAUACCCCGGUCCCAAACUCGCCGAGCGCUUCGCCAACAUACGUACGCUACGAUUUGGCCAUCAAGACAUGGAUUUGGAACCGCUUUUGUAUGCCCUUCGAUUACCAGCUUUGCGUACACUAAGCUUCAAAGGCGAGCUCGUGGAUAAAGACAGAUUCAAAUACGGAGUUACGGGAACGGGGAAUCUCCUGGCACGAUACGCACACCUGGCAACGAUCCCGCCCCGAAGCUCACCUAUCGAACAUCUCCACAUCGAGAAUAGCGCUAUUCACUCGAAGCAUGUCACCAUGAUCCUGCGCUCUAUCAAGGAUCUCAAAGACUUCAGCUUGACGUUCGCCGGAACCAGAACCGAACCCUCAAUAAGCAGAGCCAUCUACGAACACAACGGAUACGGAGUACCAGCGUUACACUACCCCACCCUACUUGGAGCUAUCAUGGAGCAUCCAAAUCGAUGGAGAGCCUCACUCUACAGACCAACCUGUCGCACGAGCCUAACAUAUACAAUACAGCUGCGGCAGGAUGCCUACGAUUGGAACAAGUCCGCAACCUUGGGUACCUUAGAACGGAUAUAG